AAAUAAAAUGGAUGAAAAUGUCCAUAAAAGAACUGACGAGGAGCUUCGACGAAAUAUUGGCUCUUAAUAUUAUUUCCCAACGAAAAAGCGCAUAGAGAAUAUACAAAUGGAUGCUGAUCAUCCAACGAUCGGAGAAUACACGCUGACGUGUAAGCUCGGUGGCGGCUCAUCGUCGACGGUAUGGAAAGCCGAGCACCGGACCACCGGAAAAGUGGUGGCGCUGAAGCAAAUCGACCUCCUCAAGCUCACUCGCCAACUCAAGAAUUGCUUGGACUGUGAACUCAGCUUUUUAUCUUCUGUUGAACACCCAAAUAUCAUUCGCCUUUUCGAUGUAUUUCAGGCUGAAAACUCUAUUUUCCUUGUCUUGGAGUUUUGUGCUGGAGGGGAUCUGGCUGCUUAUAUUCGGGAUCAUGGCAGAGUUCAAGAAUGCGUAGCUAGAAAAUUUAUGAAACAGAUUGGAGCUGGCCUAGAGGUACUGAGCAUGCACCAUAUCCUCCACCGUGACUUGAAGCCAGAGAACAUUCUUUUAUCUACGAUGGAGACUGACCCAAUUCUUAAGAUUGCUGAUUUUGGUCUCUCAAGAAUGUUAAAUCCGAAUGACCUUGCAGAAACAGUUUGUGGGUCCCCUUUUUACAUGGCUCCAGAAAUUCUAGAAUUUAAAAAGUAUGAUGAUAAGGUUGAUAUGUGGAGUCUCGGAGCAAUUUUUUUUGAACUACUUAAUGGUUACCCUCCCUUUCGUGGUAGAACUAGUGUUCAGAUACUGCGGAAUAUCAAGGCAUCUCUACGUCUUCCUUUCUUUGAGCCGAUUCUUCCUCAGUUGCACCCGGGUUGUGUUGACUUUUGCUCAAGACUAUUGUCUAUCGAUCCAGAGAAACGGAUCUCUUUUAAAGAGUUUUGUGGACACGACUUUUUGAAGAUAGACGAAGGGGGAGAUAAGAGGUUCUGUUAGAGGUCAAAAACAUCCGGAUAUCCCACUGAGCAGAAGUGCCCACCAGUUUAAUCAUCAAUGUACAAAUGUGGAUUCUGUUUUUCAGUUAUCACCUUAGUGGGGUCAGCUCUUUUUUUCCUGCUGAUUUACUCUAGGCUAGUCACCAGUCGAUCAGUUCCGAAUUCAUGUAAAGGUUUCAUUAGAAAUCAUCAUCAUCCCGUAUGCUUCAUAUGUCUGUAAAUUGUCAUAUAUACAACCUGAUAACAAUUGUACAUCCUAGUUCUUUUUUCACUGAUGAUUCAGUUAACUUUUACCCUUCUAAUAACUAGCUUCAGUAGCAUUGACUCCUAAACUGCUUGCACUCUCCUGCUUCAAGCCUUUCAUCUUUGGCCAUCAGAAUUGAAGGACAAAUGAAUGGUUUUCUCCAAAUUCUUCAAAUUGAUCAUAUCGAGCUGGGGGGAUUUCUUCAGAACAAUUAGUGUCGGUGUCAUUUGUCUCCAAAACCAUCUAGUUAGGUGAAUUGUAUGUAUCUCUUCAAUAAUACCCGGGUUA